ACCCGAAAGGGCCAAGGAGUCACAGGAAGCGGACUGAUUUCACGGUUACACGCGUACUUAUGCUUCCUGUAGGAGACUUGGACGCGGUAGGCACUUUGUGGUCAUGUUUAAGAAUGUUUUGAGCAGAUUGCUGACUGAAACCUUCUUUGUUGAGCGUAAUGUGAGAAACACGCCGUUAUUACGGAGGGUAGCUGCCGUCUCCGCGCCGGUGAGGAGCUUUACGGACGUGAAGGACGAAGCGCAGCCGCCUUUCGACGCCGCCCUGCUGGAGGUCCUCGUAUGUCCGCUGUCCAAGAAACCGCUCAGAUACGAGCCUAAGACCAACGAGCUGAUCAACGAGGAGCUCGGCAUUGCCUAUCCCGUCAUCGACGGCAUUCCCAACAUGAUCCCUCAGGAGGCCAGACUCAUUCGGAAAGAUGCUUCAGACACACCUGCACAGUAACAGAAAAGCCUUCACUUUGAGUUGACCUGAGCAAAAACAAACUGGACGCUGGCUUUAAAAAAACUGUUUGACUAAAUAAAAUUGAGGUGUUGGAUUCUUUCAGUUGUAUUUUGGCAUUCUAGCCAAAGCGCACGUAACACAUCAUCAUCCGGCAGCACGUUACCUCCGAGCCCAUCUGCAAACAUGUUGUCCCUGUCUGUGAUGGUGGGACUGGUCCCCAUAGUGUCCCUCUUUGGUUUGUUCUACUCUGCGGCGGUGGAUGAGAACUUCCCUCAGGGCUGCACCAGCAGCAGCAGUCUGUGCUUCUACAGCCUGCUGCUGCCCGUCACCAUCCCCGUCUACGUCUUCUUCCACCUCUGGAGCUGGAUGGGGAUCAAGCUUUUCAGGCACAACUAGGCUGGUUUCUCAACACAGAUGUGUUGAGCUGCCAGCCUCACACAGUUGUAAAACAUCUGUGGCUGAAGUGGCUUUCAUUUCUUUAAGCCCUUUGGAGGAAGGUAAAGACGGAUGGUGCAUGGAUGCUUUUUAAAGCUGAAAAAAAUUUUGUGUCUCAUUUAGAGUAUGAGACAGUAUGUUAGUCAUUACAGCUGUUAAACAAACCCCUGGAUAUCAUUUGCACAUAAAGUAGAAGGCUGUAUAUUUUCUGAGCAAAUAAUAAAAAUCUUUAUGCAAA